ACCCAAUUAAAUACAUAUGUUAACCAUUGAUUAACUUACAUAUUGGCAUCCAUUUAUAUCCAUUUAUAAUAAAACAGUUUUUCUCAAUCGGUAAAUUCCUCAUCCAUAUGUAGGUUUUUGCACAGACAUCAACGCAAUUCGUCGAGCUUUGUAAAUUGGUUACAACACUAUGGGUCACCGGACUUCUUAAAUACCAAAAGUUCAUUUUUGGAAUGAACAUAUUAUAGCCUUUCAUCAAGCUUCACGUACACUAUGUAGGUACAAGAAAUUUAAAUAUAUUUAUCGAUUUUAGAAAUUGAUAACAUUAGUUUCAAUGUAUCCCGCGUACAUAUCAGCAUUAACUCCGCCUUUCGGAAAAAUAUUUAGGCAUAACUCGUCCAUAUAAGAAGUAUCUCGUUGUUCAAAGUGACGAAGGGUUGGAUCUGAGAGGUUGGAUCGGCUGAAAGAGUUCCAUAGCUGUAACGGUUAGACAGUAUUAUACCUGACUAGUAAAUAACGUUGGUCAUGCCAUUGAAGGAAUGAAUAAAAGAGAACGCAUUACGGGUUACAGAGGGUGAGCAUAACAGGAGUUAUAUUCGGACGGUGACGGUGAUCGGUCGAGUUUUGUACGACGUGCCGAACCGAGUGCGAUUACAGAUUCUGAGCAGCAGUUUACAAUGGCGACGAGAAUAAAAAUCGAUGCAUCGGCAAUGCCACCGUUCAAAAUUGGCAGUGAUGCCAGAAAUGAUUGGCUUAAAUGGAAAAGGGCCUUGGAGAGAUUUCUCAAAGCCAACGGGGUAGUGGAAGAUGUGGAAAAAUACGAUCUAUUACUCGUGCUGGGUGGUAUCGAGUUACAAGCCUAUUACGAUAAAGUGUUCAAAUGGGAAGUACAAACCCCCGCUGGUGACGGUUCUGAUGAACUGGUGCCAAUUAAAUACGAUUCAGCCAUUUUGUCACUGGACAAAUAUUUUGCACCCCAAACGAAAAAGCGUUUUGAGAGGCAUCUUCUACGAGCAAUGAAACAAGAAGACCAAGAGCCAUUCGAGGAAUAUGUUUUCAGGUUGCAAGACCAAGCCAAUCGGUGUGCCUUCGCCGACGUUGACGACAUGAUCGUUGACCAGAUAAUAGAGGGAUGCAAAUCAUCUGAUCUUAGGAAGCGAUUACUAACAGAGGACGUAACAUUGAGUGAUUCGAUCAUUCUCGGCAAGACCAUUGAAGAAGUGCAGAAGCAGACCAGGGAAUAUGAGAGACAUCCAUCAACGAUACGGGAGACACCAAUGAUAGUUCAACGUAUAUCAGAGCAGAAAACACGAUUUCCUGGGAAUAAUGACCUCAAGAGUUCGAAGAAAUGUUACAGCUGUAACAGAUAUGGUCACAUUUCUAGGGAAAUUGAAAAAUGCGCAGCUCGGGACUCCACUUGUUUCAACUGUGGAACCAAGGGGCAUUUUAAAGUUUGCUGUCGAAGAAGAAAGCUGAAUGAGUUCGGGUUACAAAAGGGACAAAAAUCCAGACGUGUUCAUGCCAUCACAGAGAAUCAAGACGAUCAUAAGGCAGUGUUUUUUGUAGCUGGUCAAGAUCUUAACGAAGUGCUUCGUAUGGAUAUCGGAGGGGUCAUUGUAUCUUUGUUGAUCGAUUCAGGCUCUCCAGCAAAUAUUAUCAAUUCAGAAACAUUCGAGUUCCUUAAAGGAAAACAUGCAGAGAUUUUGAACGAGAGGAGUCCUGAUCCUGAUGAUAGGAAGCUGAAAUCGUUCGCAUCCGAUGAAAGUAUAUUGUUUAGUAAUGCUUUCGAAGCGCAAGUAAAGAUUCCAGGAGAAAGUUCUGGAAUAUGGGCUCACAUUCUUGUGGCCCCACGUGGUCAAACAAAUUUACUCAGUAAAAGCACUGCUUUUGCUCUAGGCGUACUUAAAAUUGGGUAUAACGUGAAUCACAUCAUUCCGGAAAAUCCUAUUGAAUGUCUCGCGGAGUUCCCAAAGGUCCCAAAUGUUUCAUUAAAUAUUCAUCUGGAUAAGAACGUUCAACCAGUUGUGCAAGCUGCUAGAAGAUUCCCUAUCGCAAUGGAGGCCGAUGUCGAGAAUGCGAUUCAAGAACUUCUUCAGAAGAACAUUAUCGAACGAGCGGAAGGGCCCUUGACGUGGGUGUCGCCCUUGGUGCCCAUUAGAAAGACUGACGGAAGGAUUCGUUUAUGCGUGGAUAUGCGAGCAGCAAAUAAAGCUGUAAAAAGAGAAAAUUUUCCAAUGCCAAAUAUAGACGCAGCAAUGGCUUCCAUUCGUAAGGUAUCGAAACUUUCGAAAAUCGACCUGGAAGCGGCGUAUUACCAUUUCGAACUACACCCUAAUAGUCGAGACAUUACUACGUUUGUCGCACGAAGUGGGGUGUACAGAUUUCGCCGACUUAUGUUCGGUAUCAAAUCAGCACCCGACACGAAUCGAACGCUGAAAUACAAACCAGGAGAGAAAAACUUGGCUGACCCACUGUCUAGAUUAUCCCAAGGAUCACAACUGAAGGAGAACCAGAUGUUAUUGCUUGGCCGUCAACAGAAGCUCGGCCGUCUGCCAUAA